AUGCUGAAGAUUAUUCUCAACCGCGAGCUGACGAUGCACAUGAGGGCGCUCAACCACAAGGUGCGCUAUACGGUGAUGCAGUACGUCUACCGGUUCUUCACGAUUUUCCCGGAGGAUGCUGAGAUCAUUGACGAAAUGUCGCGCGAUCGCAGCCCGAAGGUGCGCGCAGCUGUCUACAAGGCCCUGCGUCCGUUGCUGACGAAUGCCGCCGCAAUGAAUGUCGUCGAGCAUGCCCUGAAAUGCGUGGUGCCCCACGGAUUGGCCGAUCGAAGCGAAAAGGUCCGACUCGCCUGCUUCCAAUUCCUCAAUUUGAUCCGCGACCAUCGUUUUAUCAGAUUCUACGACGUUGCCGACGUGUCGCUGAUCCUGGCGUGCGCCGAGUUGGAGACGGACAAGAAGGUCCAGGAGCAGAUUGUUGGGCUGAUCCAGAAGUCGUUCCUGCCAGCAGGCGCCCUAUUCGACGAGUGGAUUCGACGCCAAAAGCGGCUGAUCAAGGAGGGUGGACGGAGGGCGCUCGUCACCUUCUACCAGCACAUCUACACCCUCGGCUUCAUCACCCUCGAGAAAGCCGCCAAUCUCUUCGUGCAUGUGCUGGGUCGAUACCUCUACCAGCGCUGGAAGGACAACUCGGUGCCCGGGGUCGACAUCUCGCAGCUUUCCCUUGAUGACAGCAUUUUGCUCCCCGAAAAGGACGCCGAUUUUGACGACGACGACGAGGACAUGGACAAGGAGAAUCAGGGCGAGAAGAAACCACUGAUGGAACGCCCGGGAUUCGACGUCGACCUGGCCUUCUUCGAAGCCGCGCUCGCGCUGUGGAAAUCGAUGCAAAAGGACCUCAAGGGCCUGCCCGAGAAGGAAGCGCAUGUCGAGAACGUCGCGUUUCACUUUUUCGAGAAAAUCUACGCAAAAUAUAGGGAAACGGCGCUUGUGGGCGUGAAUCUGGCGAUGGGACUGCUGUUCCGUAGAAAGGACCGACGGCUCGCGAUACUGAGUGUGGCCAGGCAGUCGUUGACGGAUUUGAGGAACGGCAAACUCGAGCCCACAUAUUACGGCAACUACGUGGUCUUCAUCUGGACGUUUGUGCCCGACGAUUUGCUGGAAUCCAUAGUACAUGACAUUGAGUCACUGACCGGCUACCUGUCGCCGGAGCAUCGCGGAGAGCCAACACCGAAGAAGCGGAAAGGAGAGGCGGAGAAGUCGCCGCGGGAAUGCAUAGAGCGGGCAUGCCAAAUCUUCUUCUACCUCACCCAGACGAAACGCGUCAGCGCCGAAAUGUUCACCGAGCACGCGGCGCCGCUGAGGAAAAUCUACCAGAACCUCUGCGCCGCGAUGCCGAACUUGCUCGACAAGUUGGUGCCGGACUACAGCGACGAAGAAGACCCCGGGCGCUCCGACUCCAACGAGACGUGCAUGAAGCUGGUCGAGAUGUUCUGGGUACUGUUCGAAAUGCUGGUGGCCGCCGAGCUCGCCUCCGACCGCAACCCGGAAAGCCAGGCUAACAAGGUUCUCGAGUCGUUCGAGCAGCUGCGCGAGUUCUACGACUCGCUGACCAUCAACUACGUGCACAACAUGCAGCGGCUGAUGGACAACCAGGACACGCAGUGGCUGACCGCGCACAAGUUGUUCAAGCUGUUCCUCAGCCCGAAGGUGGUCGAGUUCGUGGUGGGUCUGGCCCAGGUGAAGGAAAAGUGGUGCGGAAAGACGGUGGCCCUUGAGGACUCGAAUCUGAGAAGCCCGGAUGAAGUAUGCGAGGGUAUGAUCCAGUCGUGCUGUGAGGUGGCGAUCGCCCUCAUCGAUGCGGAUGCCCACGAAAAUCAGCUUCAACUUGUCCUCGAGACGAUCAAGCACAUGAAUCCCAUCAAGGGCAUGGACCUCUACCGGCGCUCCUACGAAAAGCUGGCCAAAGCCCUCGAGGCGAAAUUCAUAGAAUGGGUGUGGUCGGUGCGGCAAUUCCUCACCGGCGAACUGGCCACGCUGUGCUGCCAUUUCCUGGUCUUCGUCUUCGACGCCGACUGGACCGACCCGACCUACAAGGACAAGUACCUACGCCAUCUGCUGCGCAUCAUGAUCAAGGACUUGCUGGCCGGACUGGAUCAGAACCACGACAUCAUCGACCCGUACGACCGCGAUUUCGAGCUGAGCCCCCUCAUCCGAUUUUGCGUCCAGCGUGCCAGCCCCAGAAUCCGCGAGUUCAAGCAGCUGAAUUCGAUGCUUCACGAGCUCGUCGCGUGCAACACGAAGGAGAAGGACUACAUACCCAUCGACAAUCCGGAUCUCGACGCGCUGGCAAUGCGACUUAUCGCCGCCCUGGAGCUGGCCUGCAUCCUCGACACCAAGUACACCGCCAAACGAAAAGCGAAAGCUCGUGGCAAGCCAAUCGAAGAUGUCAGCUCAUCGUUACUGAAUUAUAAUCAUGACUCCGACUACGUGACCGAAAUGAAGAAGCUGAUCCGGCUCAGGUUGCAAGAACUCAUCGAACGGGAUGGCACGGAAGUCGUCAACAGCGAACGCGAAGUGGAAGAAGCCCGAUUCAUGGACCCCCGGCUGUUAGAUCAGUUGAAAGCCCUGUGCGACUACGAGGAACCGACGGCCUUC